AUGUCAUCAUCUGUUCCAUACGAUCCAUAUAUUCCACCUGCUGAAGAGGAAAAUUCGCAAAGCAAAGCAGCUGCUUUAAAGGCUGAAAUUGAUGAUACAGUCGGUAUCAUGAGAGAUAAUAUUAAUAAAGUUGCAGAACGUGGUGAAAGGUUAACAUCAAUUGAAGAUAAGGCCGAUAAUUUAGCAGUAUCGGCCCAAGGGUUUAAAAGAGGUGCCAAUAGAGUUAGGAAACAAAUGUGGUGGAAAGAUUUGAAAAUGAAAAUGUGUUUGGUUCUAGUUGUUAUUAUUUUAUUGGUUGUUAUUGUUGUUCCAAUUGCUGUUCAUUUUGCUUGA